UAUAUUUGUUGUGAAUUAAAAGAAUAUCCUUGGAAAUAUUUACGGUUUUGCAUAGCGUGUGUUUUAUUAGACGUCAGUGGCGUCCUCGUACGUUAGUUCUAAAAUGGAGAGAGAAAAUGAGGGAGAGUUGGCCGCUGCGUCUUUCAAGGCUUUCUUGAUGAGAAACAGCACUAAAACAAACCGAAAUUUGUAUGAUCAUCUCGUUGGGUUGUUGACCAAAGUUAUGGAUGAGCGUCCAGAGAAUGCAGUUGAUGUGAUAGAAGACAUGAGUCUUGAUCUUAAAAGAAUGGACCUUCAGGAAAAGCAGGACACCUUGCGUGACGCUCCGACUUCAUCCUCAGCUCUGUUAUUGGCCGAGCAGCAGAAAUCUCUGUUUUCCCGUGGAGGUGUUGAUGAUGGUGAUCAUGAGGAUGAGUUGGUGGAGUCACCUCUACAGGAUGUUGCAGAACUUGCCUUCUUUUUUGAGCAAGCAGGUGUGGGACUGGGAAGAGAGGAGACACAGAGAAUCUUUCUGGCCUUGAAACAGCUGGUGGAUACACACCGUGUCCAGCGCUGUCGAUUCUGGGGCAAGAUGCUGGGUUUGGAAAGCAACUACUUUGUGGCUGAGGUUGAAUUCAGAGAGGGCGAAGGGGAGGAAGAGGAGGGAAUAGAAGAAACGCCUGAGGAGAAAGAGGCACGCGAGGCCCUGAAUGAAACUGAGCUUAUAGAUGCUGCUGAUCCACCCCCCAAAUCCACUUACAAGGCACCACCAGCAGUACCGAGAGAAGAAAAUCGCACAGGGGUAAACAAAUUCACUUAUUUCGUGUGCAAAGAGCCUGGAUCGCCCUGGGUGAGACUGCCUUUAGUCACCCCGGCUCAGAUCACAGCAGCGCGACAUAUCCGCAAGUUCUUCACAGGCAGACUGGAUGCUCCUGUUGUGAGUUAUCCACCCUUUCCCGGCAACGAAGCCAACUACCUGCGCGCCCAAAUCGCACGGAUUUCAGCCAGCACCCACGUCAGUCCUCUGGGAUUCUACCAGCUUGAAGAGAAUGAAGGUGAGGAUGAAGGACCACAAGACACCAUUGAGGAGAAUCCUGAAUUUGAGGGCAUCCAUGUGAAUGAAAUGACUGAGCCAUUGAAUCUAUGGGUCCAUCAUGUACAGCAUAUACUUCCACAGGGCCGCUGUGUGUGGGUAAACCUAACUAAGAAAUCUAAGGAUGACUCGGAUGAAGAUGCUGAGGAGGAAGAACAGGAGGAGGAACCUGAUGAGCCCGAGCCUGAAGUUGGGCCUCCUCUUCUGACGCCUCUUUCUGAAGAUGCAAUGAUUAAUGACACUCCACCUUGGAGCAUUAGGAUGUCCUCCAACCUCAUUCCUCAGUUUGCCAUUGCUGUGCUACGCUCAAACUGCUGGCCAGGAGCUCAUGCCUUUGCUUAUGGAAAGAAAUUUGGAAACAUAUACAUCGGUUGGGGGUCGAAAUAUCUUGGGAAAGCCUACACUCCACCCAAGCCUCCACAACCUCAGAGUGAGUAUCCCAGUGGACCUGAAAUAAUCGAAGCACUGGACCCCACCGUGGAGGAAGAGCAGGCUUUGAAAGAGGCCUUGGAGGAGGAGACAGCUGCUCUGGAGGAGACCGAGGAACUGGAGGAUGAUGAGGAAGAUGAGGAUUAAUAUGAUAGUAUUCAGGCAUGUAAUUGGCCAAUGACAUAAUAAUUUAAGACUUUCUUAAACCAUCAUGAAUGAAAUUUAAGACCUAUGUCACAACAAUGAAGUUCAAUUUUAUAGUUCAGUGUGCAUGCGUCCAUGUGUUUUUUUAAGAUCUUUUAUCUUUCAUGAAUAAAGUAAAUAGCCUUUUAUUUAACUCAAAAUAACAGAAAUAAGUAAGUGGGCAAAAGCUUUUAAAAUGACCAAAGUGAUGAGACAAUAAUAAUUGGUUCAAAUAAAGUAGCAAAACAAAAUAAACACAUUUUUUUUAUUAAAAACCGUUAAAAUAUUUAAGGUUAGAAGCAGGCGCAGCUCAUCUGUAUGGGCUCUAUAUAAACUUAAUUAAAUCUAAACUCGUAAAUGUGAGUAUUUUAAGUCUAUGAAGUGAGAUAAAUAUGUUUGGUUGGCUACUGUAUGUAAUGAUUGAGCUGAGAGGGGCAGAGGCUGCUUCUGCCCUCUUGAGCUCAACAGCGCCCCCAUUUUCCUAUCUGAAAUAUUGCCAAAGACGGCAUUAUAGGGACGCAUGAAGUAUAGCAAGGGACAUGCAGCGUCUUGUUCCCU